CAUUCCAGAUCGCCGCAUAGCAUUUCACGCGAUGUUCAUUUCAUGAGCCUGAACGUACAACACUCCAUGGACCAAUAGACUUCACACUUUCAUCACAGACCGCACGACUCUCCACGAAACACCCUCCUCCAAGCGAUAUAAUGGAGAACCUAUCUAUCACCGAUGCCCCUCCACAGGGUCGUGGUGCGCCGCAACCCCUACCUCAGCUGCCGCCGCAAAUGUUUACGACUGCUGCGCAGCUCCUGGACCUCACAGACAAGAAGCUCAUGGUCGCUUUGCGCGAUGGGCGAAAACUCAUUGGAGUACUAAGAAGCUGGGAUCAAUUCGCAAAUCUUGUUCUCCAAUCCACGAUCGAACGUAUUUUUGCGCCCUCUCCCGACUCAGCAGGUAGUGAUCGACCAACCGGCCUGUACGCAGACAUAAAUCACGGCAUAUUCCUCGUCCGAGGCGAGAACGUACUACUCCUUGGCGAAAUCGACCUCGACAGAGAUGACGAUCCCCCGCCUGGUUUCGAGCUGGCCGAGUUGGAAGUGGUCAAGAAGAUCGCAGAGGAGAAGAAGGCAGCCGACAAGGCUCGGGAUAAGUUGCGGGUGAAGAAGCUCGCGAAACACGGCUUCGAGGGGGAGAACAUUGGCGAGAUUGUGCUGUAG